AUGCUCCUUCUUUCAGGUAUCGACACCGAUAAAUACAAAUAUCCAAUUGGUUCCGGACGUGUUACUUUCAACAACAAUCGCUCCUACAUGAAGGCGGUGUCGGCAGCUUUCAUUGAAAUACGCACAUCUAAAUUCACUAAAAAAGUGCAGGUAGAUCCAUAUUUGGAAGAUUCACUCUGCUCCAUCUGUGGUGUGCAGCACGGACCGUACUUUUGUCGUGAACUCUCCUGCUUUAGAUACUUCUGUCGAUCGUGCUGGCAAUGGCAGCAUUACUCCGAUGGCGUUAAAAAUCACAAGCCACUAACGAGAAAUUCAAAAUCACAAAUGUUAGUUGGAAUCGGGCCUAGUUCCUCCUCUGCAUCGUUGUCAUCCAUAAACUCAAGCUCUCAGCCCCAACAGCAACCAAAUUUGCAGUCACAACAUGCAUCCCAACAACAGCAGAUGCAGCAACAACAACAACUGCAGCAACAGCAACAUGCUCAUCAAAACCACUUGAAUAAUGGCUAUCAACAAUUUGAGCAUGCGCAUCAGCAUCAAAACAAUUCACAUUUGCACCGUUUGCAUCAGAUGCAGCAACAGCAACAGCAACAGCAACAACAUCGAGCAUCGCCACAGUCAAUGUUUCAAAUGAACCAGCAGCAACAACACGAACAAUUGCAACACCAACAACAAAAUCAGCAGCAAUCUAUAUUUUAAGCAGUGUUUUGUUAGUGUUAAGCACGAAAUUCAAUUGAAUCUUUAAGUUGCUAGUUAGCCUAGCUUAUC